AUGUACGAAGGGAUUGACAACUUGAAAUCGCUUUACGACCGUGCCGGGAAGACUUUCUCCGGCGGUCCUUCUGCAGCACAGGAUGUGCCGCGUCGUACUGCUCAACCAGACCCAGUACGUCAACCAUCAGUUGGAAGCGGGGCUCCCAAGUAUCCCAGGACGGGGGAUAGCCGCGCCACCGGACGAGAUAAAUCGUCCGACGUCCGUUCACGUCGCGGUAUUUCAACAUCUGCUCAACUAGAUAGCGCUGGCCACCGCGAGAGUCCUCUAAUGGAGGUGGAGGAGGAGGGAAGACGCUCUCCAAACUAUCGUGGGGGAGCGUGUGUUCCCGAGAGCUUCUUUGAUCGCGUAACGCAAGGGUUACGCAAUGAUCUCGAACAUGAGCGGGACAGGCGUCUCCAAAUGGGUGACACUGUCUCGAAGCAUCGAGCUGAGUUUGCCUUUGCUCAGCUUGAGAAUGAGAGAUCUCUGACAUCUCUUCGUGACGAGCUAAGGGUAGCUCGUGGGAUUGUUGAUCGGUCUCGGGAUGAGAUAGCUGCUCUUCAGACCCUUGUUGAUGCCCACCAUUGGGAGCACAAGGCUCUCUGCGAGAUGCUUGAGCGCAAGGGCGUUCUUCAUCGGAAGAAGCAGCGUACUGAUGGUACGGCUUAA